AUGAGAGCCUCCUCAGGACCGUGAAUGGGGAGAAUGAAGCUGGCUCGCAUCGAUAACCAUUUUUCAUAAAGGGAUCGUCGGCUUGUAGGCUACAUCUCCUUUUAAUGUUUUUUUUUUAUUUAGACGUCGGUUUUAUGUCGCCGAACCGAGCCGGAUGUAGAUGUGGACAUAUUGAAAGAAAAGGUUCAAGUUUCAAGUGGGUGUUUUUUUGUUUUUUUUUGGUGGAGUAAAAAGCGGUGGUUUGCGCCAGCAAGGCUGUGGACACAAAGCCGCCUCAGCCAGACUCCCUGUUAAUAUCACUACAUUUUUCCUACUUACAUCGCUCCGGACCGCACGCGUGUCACCGAUACAAGCUCUUUUUUUCUUUUUUUUUUAAUCGAAACGCCCGCAGUCUGAAGACUCGUUAACCCUGCCCCACGGAAACUAAACCCAGGGGGGGUUACCAGAGGAGGAGAGGGAGGUCUAGGAAGAAACCAUAGAAAGAUAAGGAGAAAGGUGUUGAGGAGUGAGAGAGGACUGCAAAGAGCAACUCCGUAUUGUUCCGCGUUUGUUUGUUCUGCAGCCGUCCAGAGAGAGAGAGAGGGGGGAGAGAGAGAGAGGCACGGUGGGGCUUCGUUUCUUUCGAGGUGCGACAAAAAGCUGAAACGCCGUCAAUUCUGGAUUUCUUUAUCCGCUUCCUGUCGUCCAGGAUGAGGUUUAAAAGGAACGGGUCCUAUACGCUAAAUAGGAAGUCGAAGACGAAGCCAAAUGGAAAGAAGCCUCCGGCGGAAGAGAAGAAGCAGUACUUGGAGCUAGAGUACACAAAAAUCCGUGUGGUGGACUUUGACCUCAAGGAGCUGGUGGUGCUGCCCAGAGAGAUAGACCUCAACGAAUGGCUAGCCAGCAAUACAACAACAUUCUUCAAUCUUAUCAACCUGCAGUACAGCACCAUCUCAGAGUUCUGCACAGGGGACACCUGUCAAGCCAUGACGGCCUGUAACACAAUAUACUACUGGUAUGACGAGAGGGGGAAGAAGACGAAGUGCACUGCUCCACAAUAUGUCGACUUUGUAAUGAGUCUUUGUCAGAAACUGGUCACAGAUGAGGAAAUCUUUCCUACAAAAUACGGCAAAGAGUUCCCCAACUCCUUUGAGUCCUUGGUAAAGAAGAUCUGCCGGUACCUGUUCCACGUGCUGGCUCACCUCUACUGGGCACACUUUAAAGAGACCGUGGCUCUGGACCUGCAGGGCCACUUGAACACUCUGUAUGCACAUUUCAUCGUUUUCGUAAGGGAAUUCAACCUGGUCGACCCCAAGGAGACCUGUAUCAUGGACGACCUGUCCGAAAUCCUCUGCACCCCCGCCCCACCACCUGCGCCCACCCCGGCCCCAUCCAACCCAGCCUCAGCGCCCUCCCCCUCUUCACAAAACCAUGUGACGGAGAGAUGAGCGGGGCGGUGGUGAGACAGCAGCCCCGGGGGGUGAUAGAAGAUAAGAUAGAGAAGAGAAGGAAAGACAGCCUGGCCCCCUUCCUCGGUGCCAGCAGAACUUUAGAGACCUUCCGCUACCCUUAUAUUUCGCUAUGACACCAACCAACCAGCCGGAAGGAAGGGGGAGGGUUUUCAGGGGUUGGGGUGGCGGGGAGGGAUUUGUCACGCCAGCAGGAAUUGGCGUGAGCGUUCCUCCCAGGGGCAAAUCCCUCCCAUCUUCUCUGCAAUUUAAACUAGGAACAAAAAAGUAUGUGUAUGUUUUAUUUUUGAUUUUAUUUCACUUUUAUUUUUGUUGAAGUUUUAUUCAGUUUUAUUUUUUGUUGUGGGGGUGGGGGGGUGCAGUGCGUCCAUCGGCCCUUCACCUCCCUCCAUCCUCUACCUAACAUACAGUACAGGAAGGGGGCUCUGCUUUGCUUCAACCUACUAUUGUACAGUGUUGUUAAUGUGUGGAAAAGAGGCGUCUCUGCUCACCUGCGGGCUUGUCCUUCCCUCCUCAUGCAGCGGCGGAAGGCGGCCUGCAGGCGCACGGCCAAUAGGGAGCCACGUUACUGCCUGAUGGGGCGAUACUAGCCAAUCACUGUUUGGGUUGUUUCUGUGGGGGAUGAUUAAAGCGUUCCUACUCAGGACCUGAGAGAAUAUGUCACUGCUGCCAGAGAGAAGUUGCUCUCCUUUUUCAUUCUCUGUCCCUUGUUCACCAGACUGCUCAGUCCUUCGUAUGACAGAUGUUGAUCGUGUUUAACUACAGUACAGUCACAUAAUCACCUGGUGUUCCCCUAACAAACAUGUCCCAGAGCCUACCUGUAGAGGGCAGCAAACAUGUAGAGAACGCCACAGAAACAAGGAGACAGAGAAGAAAAUAUAAAGAUUGUAUGUUAGAUAUUUAACCUGAUACUUUAAGAAUGACCGGUGCCCGUAUGAGGCUGAAUCAGAGCUGUUUGCUGGCAUUCAGCACAGCAGCGGCCCCUUGACCCACCACCACCACCACCCAAUCCAGCAGCACAGAAGGACAAAGACAUGAGGUAAUGUCUGCAGGCCCAGAGAGGGAGAGAUGGAGACAGAAAGAGGGGGUGGGAGUAGAUGGUGUGGAGCUGCUCUGCUGUUUAACAGUCACCAGUAUUCCCGGUGCAAAACUAAAAAUCUCCACUUCUCCACUUGUUUUUACCUGUCCCUUUUAAAAUUUGCUUUUUAAAAGAUUAUCAGAGGAAAAUUAGUUAAGAAAUAAUAAUAAUGGUAUCAUUACACAUGUAUAGAAAAUGCACAGUCUGCUUGGACUUUACUGUACAAAGAAUCACAAGCGGGUUCUGUCAGACAUAGCCUCUGUAUGGAGGAGGAGUGGGUUUAUAAUUCUCCAUUUUUAUUUAUUUUAAUUUUUUUUUUGCAGGGUUCUUCAGUUCUGGCUCUCGUUUUUAUGUAUUUUAAUUAUUAACUAAGUUAAAAGCAAUUUAAUAUUUUAAGCUCUGCGGAUUAUAAUCUAAUAAAAGAGAGAAAUGCCA